GACUCGCCCUAGGGUCUGUGACCUAGAUCAAUCGAGCGAUUCGGAUGAGGAGGUGGGACCACAGCAGGACGACGACGGUGCUACCCUCUUCUUUGGCGGAGAUUCCGUCGACAAGAAGAUCCUGUUCAUGGUAGACGAUACUGCGGAAGCAGAAUUAGAAGCAUCAAGGGCAUUUGUUACCGAGAGACGUAAUAGACCAUCGAGCGCGAAUGUCCUGAAGAGUGCGGGGCCGAAGCAACCGCCUCCGACUAAGACCUGGUCAUCGGCAAGCAAGGGGUUAUCCUUCCCAACCCGGCAGAGGUCGGAUUCAUCAUCCUCUUCAGACAUGGGCUCUCCCGUAAAGCGGCCGCGUGCACAAGGCACAAUGGGGCCGCCACCGCGCCCAGUCUCCCCCGUCCCAGUUAUGCCGCGUAUGCCGUUCAGGACUACCAGUUCGGCGACGCUGUUCUUCGGCGGGUCUGCGAUACCUCAAGAAGAUCCCGAUUUUGGACUAGAUUCCAUAUGCGACACCUACCACCCCAACAAUUCCGCGCGAAACCCCGCUAUUACUGUACAUCCGCAAGAAGACUCCCCAUGGAAGGCGUCACCCUCCGCUAGGUACUCGUCGCCUCCGCGGCCGCCGGAGGACGAUGAUUUCGAUUAUGAAGAAGAGCUGUCGUUUGAGGGCGCGAACUCGUCGUUCGCGCUCAGUAUUUUCAGCGGCAGCCCGUCCCCGAAGAAGGCGAACGAGCCGACUCUGCCCAAGAAGUUCAAGCCCAGGGACUCUGGUGUUUCUCUCAGCGACGACGAGAACCCGCGAGGAUUCUUGCAUGUCCCUCCCGUACCUUCGUCGUCAUCUGGCUCAAUACACUCCAGUGGCGACGAGGCCUUGGUAACCCCGGUCUUCCCAAGUCAUGGAUCCGGGUGGCCUGGGGUCCAGGCUAACGUCGGAGUCGCGACUGCUGAGAACGCCUAUGAAGAAGUGGACUCUGGUAUCGACGUCGAUACCUUCAUCUUACGCACACUGGCUGCCGGAGCGAAGGAAGACCCCACGACGAAGAAAGCGCCGGGUACGCCCGUGAAGAAGGUCAAGACAUCGCAUUUCACUGGACAUGAGCGCCCCUGGCAGAGCGCUUUCACGCACAAGAUUGGCGACGUCGAGUUCGACGAGCUUGGGCUACAGGAGAAGGGCAAGCCGCGGAAGAGCAUGCCUGCGGCGUUUUCGGGGUUCGGCGCGCCGAAGAAGGGGAAGCGCGAGGUGGAAGAGCAUAGCUCGGAUGAGGAGGUCGACGAGAGCCCGACGCUCGGGAGGGAGGCGAAGUAUGAGGGCCUCGGCCUCGGGCGACCUGUGGUGAAGGGCGGGGUACCCCCGUUUAAGCCUGGGUGGUUGAUGAGGAGGAGCAGUAGCGGGGCGUUCUCGAGUGGGAGCGACACGUCUGGUACUUUUGGUACGCCUACCAGGCUCCGAGUGAAGGAUACGCUGCUGGCACCAUCGCGGAUUCGCACUCAGUUCUCACCGGCGAUCCAUGCGGGCCUUUCCUCUGCUUCCACUACAUCGUCCGGCCAAUCGUCUGCGUCGCUCAACUCCCCGACGGUAGCGAGAUUCGGUUUCGGGCGUCCCGAUGCAAUCGGUGAACAAGCUCCUCGACGCCGGCGGCGGACUCGGAGUAACUUGGGUGGAAAGAUUCCCGUUAAUUCGCCCUUUAACCUCAAUGUAGGUUCUGCCGGUCAUGGCCAAAAGCCGGUCGGAGUGCGACAGACGCACAAGCACCAGCGUGAACGGUCAGCUCCUGGUCCACUGUACAGGUCGGAGGACGAUCAGCCGGGCCGCUACGAGCGCGAUUUUGUGGAGAUCGAGGAGAUAGGCCGGGGAGAGUUCGGCCGGGUCGUGAAAGUCAAGCCGAGGCAGGCCAGCACCAAGGAGGUGUACGCGAUUAAGAUUUCCAAGCGGUUUGAGGGUGCCAGACGGAGGGCACGAGUGCGGGAGGAAGCGGAUAUUCUCAAGCACCUGUCGCUAGCAGCGAAUGGACGUCAUCCGAAUGUGCUAGCGUAUAUUGACAGUUGGGAAGAAGACGAGGCGCUGUACAUCCAGACGGAGAUAUGCGAGCACGGGAGCUUUUCGCACUUCCUUUGGGAGUAUGGUCGAGUCUUUCCGAGGCUUGAGGAGGCGCGGGUUUGGAAGAUUGUAGCGGAGCUCAGUAAUGGUUUACGCUUCAUUCAUGAUCACGGGGUCAUUCACCUCGAUCUCAAGCCGGCGAAUAUUCUUGUCACCGCUGAGGGUCGUUUCAAGAUUGGUGACUUUGGGAUGGCAUCCAUUUGGCCAAGGCCACCCAACGAGCUAGAGGGCGGCACGUUUGAGAGGGAGGGGGAUAAGCUGUACCUCGCUCCUGAAGUUUUGCAGGGCAGGUACGGAAAAGCGGCGGAUAUUUUCAGCCUUGGGAUGACGCUGUUGGAGACUGCAUCAAACAUAUUGGUGCCUGACCAGGGUGAAUCAUGGCACAAACUUCGGCAGGAAGACUUCCGACAGGUCGAUAUGGAAGACAGCCCUGAGCUCUUCUCGUUGAUCAAGGCCAUGAUGCGGACGGACCCCGUCUUGCGCCUGACCAUUGGCGAAGUCUGGGCCUAUCCUAUCGUCAUGAGAGCGAGGAGAGCCAUGGAGCGAAUGGACGCGGAGGCCAGGAGGACCGGCCGAGAUCUGUUCAGUGCGUCCCCGUUGGCUCCUGUCCCCGAAGGGUUUCUCGAGGAAAUCCUUCAGAGGAGGGUGUUGAUUGGUGAUCGCGAUGAUGAUGAUGAUAUGGCGAUGGACAUCAGCGCGUGAGAGUGAUGGACGUGCGGUGCAUGGAAGCUGUCCAUGGUAUGGAAGGGGAUCUUGCUUUUGUUAGUUGAAUCUUCAUGUGCGUUUCUUCUCCGCUCUCUUGGGUUUGGGUGCUACGAAGUAUGGACCUAUAAUGACUUUUUGCGUGAACCGCUCAUGACCCAUCGAAUCUUCUUGUUUAACUAUAUCUUGCAGCAUGGCUAUUAUUUUCGUCGAAGCACAUCGUUACCUUUGCAUCUUUACCAUCGCCCGUGACACCCCCCGCUUCUUUGCAUAAAUUCUCCGUAAUACCUUGCACAUGCCUGUCUAAUGUAGUAUAUUGUAUGCACCGUAUGCACCUCUUUGAUCCUGGUCGGAAAUGAACAUGCCCCGACAACGUGCUCG